AACAAAAUUCUUAUAUUGUGUUCUUUGCAGAAAUUUGCGCUCUCUACUUUGUGUUCAUUUAAUGUUCAUUCAAUUACGAAACGCCGGCUGAUAAAAGUGAUAAUUGAUAGUAUUUAUACUAAAUGUUAUGGUUGGAAGGGACCUGUAAUCUAUCAUUAUUGAAGUGGUUGAAUUUUUGUAACUGAAAUGCUGCCACUGUGGACAUCGUUGUCGCACGUUGAGAGGUUAAAUGUUCGAUUCCUACGUUCGGUUGUUCCAGCUGCGAAGCUUGAUGACUUUGUAAUAAAAAAUGAACCUGUUUUACAGUACCUGAAAGGAAGUAGGGAACGAAGAGACCUGGAAGAUGCACUCAGGGACACAGCAGGAAAAUGUGAGGAUGUUCCUAUUAUUAUUGGUGGAGAAGAGAUUAGAACGAACGAUGUUCAUUACCAAGUAAUGCCUCAUAAUCAUAAAAAAAAGAUAGCAAAAUUCCACCAUGCUUCUGCUGAAAUUGUUCGCAAAGCUAUUUCUACAGCGACAGAUGCCCAGAAAGUCUGGGAUCGCACACCGCUGUCCGAACGGAUAAACAUUUGGCUAAAAGCAGCCGAACUUAUAAGUACAAAAUAUCGCAUGCAGUUAAAUGCUGCGACCAUGCUGGGGCAGUCGAAAACAGUUAUUCAAGCGGAAAUUGAUUCUGCUGCGGAACUGGUAGAUUUUUUCAGGUUUAAUGUUCAUGCUGUCAAAGAAGUCAGUAAAUGCCAGCUUAUCAGUGAGGAUCCUAAAGUGACAUUGAACUCCACGAGGUUCAGAGGCAUUGAUGGUUUUAUCGCAGCCAUCUCACCAUUUAACUUUACAGCAAUAGGGGGCAAUUUGGCAUACACUCCGGCCCUUAUGGGUAAUGGUGUGGUGUGGAAGCCUUCAGACACUGCAAUGUUGUCGAGUUAUAUAAUUUUCAAAGCAGUCCACGAAGCAGGUCUUCCUGCAGGAAUAGUCAACUUUGUUCCUGCGGAUGGUCCUGUGUUUGGAGAAGCAAUUACUACAUCGCCUCUCUUGUCAGGCAUCAACUUCACUGGAUCCGUGCCAACAUUCAACUGGCUAUGGUCUAGAGUUGGACUCAACAUUAGUAAAUACCGUAACUAUCCUAGACUGGUUGGAGAAUGUGGUGGCAAAAACUAUCAUUUUGUUCACCCUUCUGCUGAUGUGACAAGCGUUGUGAUGAACACACUUCGGGCAGCUUUUGAGUACUGUGGUCAGAAGUGUUCAGCGUGCUCACGAAUGUAUGUUCCGGAAUCUCUCUGGCCAAAGAUAAAAGAAGGACUGUUGGAUAAUCUAAAACAGUUAAAAGUUGCUGACCCAAUGGAAUUUGACACUUUCAUGGGUGCAGUUAUUGAUGAAAAGGCUUUCAAAAGGAUCUCAAGCUACAUAGAGCAUGCAAAUAAUUCUGAAAACCUUAAAGUCAUUGGUGGUGGACAAUGUGAUUCCAGAACGGGCUAUUUUGUCCAACCAACAAUUGUGGAGACUAAAAACCCUAUGGAUCGAAUCAUGCUUGAAGAAAUCUUUGGGCCUGUCCUGACUGUUUACCCCUACAAGGACGGUGAUGUUGAAGAGACACUGAAAUUAGUUGGUAGUUCCACACCAUACGCUCUUACUGGUGCUGUGUUUGCUGAAGAUGAGCAGUUUCUCAAGCAUGCCAUUGAAGAACUAAAAAUGACGGCUGGUAAUUUCUACAUCAACGACAAAUGCACGGGAGCAGUUGUUGGGCAGCAGCCUUUUGGGGGUGGACGCUGGUCAGGGACAAAUGACAAAGCAGGUGGACCACACUACGUACUACGCUGGACAUCUCCACAAUCUGUCAAGGAGACAUUUGUGCCUUUGAGCAGCUGGGACUAUCCCUACAUGAAAUAGUAAAUGCAUAACUGUGAUGCUAGUACAAUGUUUCAGAUGAGAAAAUAGCAAUGUUCUCAUUUUUCUGUGGAAUGAGAUUUGGUGGGGAAUUUUUUUGUUAAACAUAUCUGCCACAUAAUAUUUCUGCAAUUAAUUGUGUGAGAUGUAAAAAUGUGCACAUUUUCUGUAGGUUAAUACACAUUACACUUUCUGGUAGUCAUCUGUGGUACAAGAUUUUUAUAGUCUUUUUACAAAAAAAAAUUCCCAACUUCUCACAACUAAAUUACAAUUGUGUACAAUUAAAUGUCAAGCAAUAGUUCAUGUUAUAAUAGUGUAUCAACAGAACCAUAGUAAUAUUCAUGAACUGCAGUUCAUCGGAACAUUGAAUGUAAGGUGUUGUAUUUUGCUUAAGAGGGUCGCUUGGCUGAAUGCUUGAGGUCUAAAAAACGACUGCUUAUGGUAACAGUGGCUCAUGCAUCACACGACACUUGGCCUUUACAGUCAAAGCAUUGUACUGGGGUGCAGUCUCUUUGUUUACAGCCUCUAUUGGACUUUAAGAGGUGGCCCAAUUAUUUUACAGUUGAAUAUAACUUUCAAUAUUGUGUACCCAAAUAUUAAUGCUUAAACCAUUUUGUGAAUACACCCAUUUUGUAACUGUUAAAAAAAAAUACUCCUUCAAGAGAAAACUUGCAUUGGAAAGUGUAUUGCCUUUUAAAUGCUAUUCAUAUUGGCAUGUAUGUUAUUUUGUAAAAAUAUCCCAAUGCUCAUUAGUAGAGACCUGCAAAAUUCGCAGAUUCAUUCGGUGAUAGGCUAGAAUUCAAACACAUAUACCUCUUAGAUAAUUUUGUUAUGGGCUUACUGUUCAUCUGGACGAAUCUCAACCAGUUAUAAACCCUCAACCAAAGAAGGAUUGAAUCACAGACAAACCAAUUGAGACGACUUACAAGUCGGCAUCCAAUGAACUUGCGUUAUUUGCCCGAGUGUACAGGGGUAUAUGCAGUCUAUCCUGAAGGCCAUCGAAACCGCGAAUUUUGCCGGUCUCUACUCAUUAGACUACAGUAAGGUAUGCCUGUGCUAGUGAUUGUUCCCUUGUGAUUGGUGGCCGUCUCCAAGUUUGGCCCGGGCCAUUGGCCAUUCAGGACGUGUUUGCUUCUGCGUGGAAUGGUGUGGUGACAGCAGACAUGUACCCGGAAAUAAAAAAACCCAGACACUGCUACAAAGUUUUUAACACACAGCUGGUCUGGAACUCUUGUCGCGAAAAGCAUAUGGCCCUAGCUAUUUAUAAUAUCAAAGGUUUCAACAAUCUUCCGCAGUUUAUGAAUGGCACGUUAACGCAUGACAGUCCAUUUGCAGUUUGGAGGCUCAGCCAAGCGGCUGUCUUAACUGCCUUUGAAGAUAACUGUCCCAGUUUAAUAGGUAGCAGUAAAGUGUACAUUUAUGUUUUCAUAAUUUUUGUUGAGAAAAUAUUUAUUGUUACUGUUUAUCAUAACAAACACAAACUCACCUCCAAUUUUUCAUACAUUUCAGUGACAUAUGCUCUGACACAAUAACUUUUUGUGGCAAAGAAUUGUGUGACUGGUUUUUGCAAGUAUGCUCAUGUCACAUAAAAGAUCAACUUUCCUAAACACUCAAAAUGUAUUGUGUUUGAAUUUUGCCUAAUAAUUUCUCCCAGCUGUAUAAUGUUUCUCAUUGCUUUACAUAAUUAACUAUAAAAUUCUCAUGAAUGUAAUUCACACACUUUCUUUUAUUGUGUUAAUUUACUUGGUUUAUUUUGUAGUUAAUUUUUGACAAGAGUCCAUUUGAAUAUUUCAGGGUAUAACGUUCUGAUUUGCCUGUGCAACUUACCUUAACUCUAUGCAGAAGCAUUUGUUGGUGGGAAUGAUGAUUUUUUUUUUAAGGAUUUCUCCACCCCUGCAUAUGACCCGGGCUCUGUUAUGCAUCUUAAAGCUGGAAACCUUUUCUAUGUGAAUAAUAUUUAUUGUUUGAAAGCAAGUUCAUUAAAAAAAUAAGAUGUUUCAUCGGAAGAUUCCUGAAUGCUACGUUGAAAAUGUUUUGCAAUGUCAGUCUUUGAAAAUUUUUAUGCCAUGAUGUAAUGGAAUGUUUUUAUCUACAGUGUUUAUGCUUCCAGUAAACACUUUGACAUUUUUGUGUCCUUGUGUCCUCAAUUUUUAAUUUUACAUCGGUAAACUCAUGUCCUGCAAAAAUUAAUUUUAUUGUGUUUGUCACUUUUUAUAGUUCUUAAAAUAUUACUUCCAGUAAUAUACUUACUGCUUGUGUUUGUUUUUGUGUUGCCGGAAUUUUAUUUACAGUAUGCAUCUUCUGUGUGCAAGUUUUGUGAUUUUGUAUCACUUCUGGUUUUGAGGCUUCCUUGUGACAAACUUAUUCAGUGUCCAGUAUGUUUGAUUCCCACUGUAGUGAGCUUUAAACUAUGCACUAAACAACUGUGCAAUUUUAAUUUUGACCCUGUACAAUUCUCAUAUUAUUUUAAUUGUGUAUAGUUGUCUUAGAAUAAUUAUGUAAAUACAUUUCUUUAUGUACAUUUCUUACAAACACGAUUAUUUUUUAACACUUUGUUUUUUUGCUGUUCACACAAGAACGUGGUAAAACUAUGUAUGUAAUAAAGUGUGUGAGUAUUAA